CUGUCACUUCCGCUAUCGGGGGGAUACCGGAGCGAUGACGGCUACACUUCGCCCGUACCUCAAUGCAGUCCGCGCCACUCUACAGGCAGCAUUAUGUUUGGAAAACUUUUCAUCGCAGGUAGUGGAACGACAUAAUAAACCCGAAGUGGAAGUCAGGAGUAGCAAAGAGCUGCUGUUACAGCCAGUGGUUAUUAGUCGAAAUGAGAAAGAAAAAGUACUCAUUGAGGGGUCUAUUAACUCAGUGCGUGUCAGCAUUGCAGUAAAACAGGCAGAUGAAAUUGAAAAGAUCUUAUGUCAUAAAUUCAUGCGCUUCAUGAUGAUGAGAGCUGAAAAUUUCUUUAUUCUGCGCAGAAAACCUGUAGAGGGAUACGAUAUCAGCUUCCUGAUCACAAACUUCCACACGGAGCAGAUGUACAAGCACAAACUGGUCGACUUCGUGAUCCAUUUCAUGGAGGAGAUUGACAAGGAGAUCAGCGAGAUGAAACUGUCCGUCAAUGCUAGAGCACGUAUCGUAGCCGAGGAGUUCCUAAAAAAUUUUUAAUGUUUGUGGAUCGGCUGCAAGAUGUGACUUCCUCAUUUUGCUCCAGGAUCUCUGCGUUGCUGCCGUCAUUGGCUGGGCAGGGGAUAUUAGGGCCAAGGGAGGGGGCUUGCAUUUAAAUGCAGAAUAAAGAGGCCGUGAAUGUCUGUCAAAAUAUACCUCCAGGGGGGAAAUGUACAUGUGGCAUUUACCUUCAUUCCAAAAUCCCCCACAGGAUGGGACAGAAAUAUUUUUUAUUGUUAUUUUGAGAGAGAAAUGAUGUGCUUGUCUGAAUCUGUAUUUCUUUUUUUUUUUUUUUUAUUAUUGCUUCUAUUUCCUUCUGCAGCCUCUUCAAAAGGGCCGCCCAAUUCUAUCAGUAAAUGCCCACGACUGGGAUCCCAGUGGCACUGAAGGGGUUAGCUUGGGGUUUCAUCCUUCAUACUCCCUAAAAUCUUUAAAUAUUAAAGAACAAAAAAAAAAUCUGCCAAGGAUUGAACAAGAAUAUGUACAUCAGCAGGGUCCAUCCUAUGUUCCUAUACAUUAAGCUGCUGGCCUGCCACUUGUAUCAUUAAAGUUUGGGCUUAUCAGGAAAGAAAUGCUCCUUAAUACUGCCAUAGUAUCUAGAGGUAAUGUAAUCAUCGUUUUUCCUGUUACUAAGUCUAUAACGUGACCGCGCUCUUGUACAGCCAUUACAGUAGAGAGCUCGGCCUUCUGCUCUGAAUCUUGUAGGAGAUCCCCCCCCAGUGGGCUUGACACCGAGACUGUUGCCAAAUGAUACGGUUUAACCCUGAGACAGUGUUCUGUCCUCUACUCGGUAAGGUUUACAAAUAGUUUAGUUCCCACAACACGAUGGAGAUUGGAAACUUGUAUCUCCUGUUUCUUCUGCUUUUUUUGCACUUACUGUAGAUUUUUUCUUAUUCAAAAAUAAAGCCUUUUGUCCUGUC